CGUUUGAAGACAGACACAGAGCGAGAGAGAGCGAGGGAGCGAGGAAGCGAGGAAGCGCAGUUUUGCUGCGUGAAUUGGAGUUGCGGCGCUUGCCGAUUACACUCCGCUGAGCUCGUGUUGAGCGUGGGUCCAGAUGAUAGCCAGGAGCAGUAUUGAAUCAUGCCCAUGAGCAUGCAACCCAAUUUCACGGGCACUCUUGUUGCUUCUUCACGCGCCGGAUCAGGCCACAGUCUCCUUGUCGCUUGCCCACAAGGUGGUGGUGGUGGGACUGGUGGUGCUGCUGCGAGUGAUCGACAGGCGGAAUUCGAAGGCGGUGCUUGCGGUGGAAUUGUAGGAGGAAGGUCACGGGAAUGGGUUGGUUGUAGAGAGGAUUGGUGGGGAUCAGUGUUUGGUGGAGCCUUCGCAAUGGCUUCGCUCGGUUCCUCGCAGACGGAGAAGGCAGAGAUGGAUUCCAUGGUGUCGGAAUGUUGUGCCAAGGCGUUGCGUGUAAUUCUCGGGGCGAGGAUACCUCAUCGGCAGAAACAGGGCGUGAGGCGCGGAACCGGCAGAGAUGGGUAUGACUGUAUGUACAUGGUCGGAGAGGGAUGGGGUGGAGGAAGCACACGGAAGGAGACCGCUAAGCUGUUCAACUUGGAGGUAGAGAGCUCCGACCAUGUGCAGAAGAGUGUGGAUGCGUGCAUUCGGGGUGUGUGUCACGAGCCCAUGGUGGUGGACAUCUUUUUUCACGAGCCGACGGAGGCUAUGGAGGUGCCGUCGUCGUCAUCUUGUGGUAACGAGAGUUCAAACCGACGGCGCAGGUCUGAUGAGUGGAGUGAAUCGCCGCAGCGGGUGCCUAAUUUGAGGGGGGAAUCGUGGAGUGAUGGUAGUGAUGGCGCCAUCUUUUCGCCCGCGAGGGAGGUGUCGCUGACCUUGCUUGAAAGGUGGGUUGUGAGCUAUGAUCAGACGAAGCAGCCGUUUGCUGAAGGGGAUUCUCCCGUGGAUGAGGAUUUUUCAAGCUUAGGUCAAAAACGAGGAUUAUCACCCUCUGCUGCUCCGGCGCAUAAUGUUCUGGAGUUCCCUGUUGUGUAUAAGAGGGUAGUGAUUAUGUUACGCUCUUUAUAUUGUUUGGCGCGCACUUUGCCCGCCUUCAGGCUGUUCAAUCCCCCAAAUUCUGUGUCACACAGCCCGCGGUUCUCCCUCUCAUACAUGGUCUCUCAUGCACCUCCAGCGCUCUCGGAACAGGAUAGAAGCGGGAUGACAAAUUGCAAUUUAACCCCAAUUGAGACGCAGUGGGGCAGAUUGUGCAUCGCCGCCAUGUACAAGAAUGUAAUUGCUGUUUCAGCCCUGCAAGUUACCCCUCAAUUUGUACCGGAGAUAAUCCCCAAUUAUCUCGACAGCCCGACAACUCAACCCUUGCGAAGAAUUGACAGAGUAGGAUCGUUUCCAGAAUCUAGGGGACGUUCUGAUGGACGGGGGACAUGUGUUGCUCCUUCAUCAGGUUCAGCGCCAAAUUCUCCAACCUCGGUACUUGGACGACUCUACAGUUGGAGUGGGGGCAUACGCAAGAUCUUCUUAGAAAAACAGGUUGCUGAGCUAUCUCAGUCAGGCAUUAAGCGCUUUGUGUACCGUCCUUCAGAGUUCUUACAAGGUGGCUUUAGAACCUCCAGCAAGGUUUCUAUCCACAAUCAUGAGGACCCUGAGGAGUGUCCAUUUGCAAUCGACGACGGUAAAGCAGGAGACUAUCGAAGCAGGGUUGGAAGUCCAGGUGUGAGGUCAAAGAUUCCUGAUUCGCCUGACUUCCAGGGAAACACCCCAGGGUCUGAUGCUGGGGCAUUAGUCAGGAUUUUGUCUAGAGCACCUCCACUACGCCAGCAAUGGACACAACCCGUCUUAACAGACCUUCCUGUGUCAAGAGCUGGACUUACUCCAUACCAUCCUGUUGCGAAAUCCACUGGGAUAGUCAAGAAUAGUCCACCCAAGCCCAACUCUGUUGCUAUACGCAACAGCAUCAGGGGGCGACCUGGCGAAAUUCGCCGAGCUACUAGUCUAGGAGACAAUGCAGGAUCAGGAUUGUCGUUUGGCACCGGAAAGGUCACCUUUCCACCAUCAAUAGAAUUCACACUCAUCAAAUUGAGAACCGCAUCCGACGUUUUGAAAGAACUAAAGGAGUACCAAGAUAUACGUGACUUUUUGGUUCGUCAAAGCGAGGAAUUCAGGGCCUGUACUCGAAGUUUAUGACCAUGUUUCUUAAAAUAUUUUGUAAAAUCAAUUAUUACUAAAUCUGUUGUUUCGAAAGACUAGGAAUUUUUAAGAUGUAAAUGUAAUAAUAUAUAUAUAUAUAUAUAUAUAUAUAUAUAAUUGUAGUUAUAAAAUUAAGUUAUAAAAUUAAGACUAUCAA